GGGCGGUGCCGCGCUGCGCCGCGCCACGCCGCGGCGGGCGGCCAGGCCCUGGCGCGGCCCGCCCACUUCGCUGCCGGCCGCCCGCCCUGCCGCCCGCCGCGGCGACUCGCCCUGCCGCCCGCUGCGCCCGGGGCAGCAGGCGCGCCGGGGCCGGUGUCCUGAAUCAGUGGAGAUUGCCUGACUUGUUCCCAUCUUGGAUGAUAUCGACACCUAAUCUACUCAGCCAUGUCGUACAGUGCGGGUUUUGGGGAUCCUAAUCAGCUAGCCCAGCGCAUAACUUCUAACAUCCAGAAGAUCACCCAAUGCUCUGCAGAAAUACAAAGAAUACUACAUCAACUUGGAACACCACAUGACACGCCUGAAUUGAGGCAACAGCUGCAACAGAAGCAGCAAUACACAAACCAGCUUGCCAAAGAAACUGACAAGUACAUUAAAGAGUUUGGAUCUUUGCCUGCGACAACUGAACAGCGUCAAAGAAAAAUACAGAAAGAUCGUCUUGUGGGAGAGUUCACUACAGCACUAACAAACUUCCAAAGACUCCAAAGGCAAGCUGCUGAGAAAGAAAAAGACUUUGUAGCCAGAGUAAGAGCCAGCUCAAGGGUAUCUGGUGGUGCUCCUGAAGACAGCUACAAAGAAGGAACACUUGUCUCUUGGGACAGUCAACCUCAAGCACAAGUGCAAGAUGAAGAAAUUACAGAAGAUGACCUCCGUCUCAUUGAGGAGAGAGAAUCUUCCAUUAGGCAGCUUGAGGCAGAUAUUAUGGACAUCAAUGAAAUUUUCAAAGAUUUAGGAAUGAUGAUUCAUGAACAAGGUGAUGUGAUAGACAGCAUAGAAGCCAACGUGGAAAAUGCAGAUGUACAUGUCCAACAGGCAAACCAGCAGCUGGCAAGAGCAGCGAACUACCAGGACUUUUCUUGCAGAAAUAAGUGAUCAGUCUGGAAUGAAACAGGAACUUGACAAAAGCAGCUAUCACCAUGACAAGCAACUCAGAAAAUCAAGGUCAAUACAUACAGACAUUUUAACGAGGACCAUGUGGAACGCCAUCUUUUGGAAAUAUAUAGUAAACAUACCUGCAAACCAGCAGGCAACCAUCUCUUUCCUCAACCUGUGUAUACUUUAUAAGUACACAUUUUAUAUAUGAACUCUACAUUUCACCAAAACUUAUUUGUUUGCAUAAAUACAAGCCACCUGUGUGUGUGUGUCCAUGUGUGUUUGGACUGGGGGUGUUAUAUAUAAAGGCAAAAUGUAUUGCAUCAGUUCUGAGGAAAAAAACUCAGUUCAACAGAGUGCUUGAAGGUUUUAGAGAUGGGUAAGUUUUUUCGUCCUAGGAAUGUUUUCUUUUUCAAAAGGAAAGUUACUUCUCCUGUUUGCAUUGGGAGAUUUACCACUGACUUCAGUGGAAACAGGAUUGGGUUCAAUGCUUUGCUGUGUCGAAAAAUUCUGGAAACUUUUAUGCUAUGGAGAAAUUGCAUGCUAAUCUUCAUAAUUUGUUGGGAAGACAGAUGCUGUCAUUGUUGUCCAAAAGAUGCAGUACGUUUGGCAUCCUCUUUCUGCUAUAUUUUUGUUUCUUGUGCAUAUUUAUAGCUUUUGACUGGAUAUGCAGUCUAUUUGCAGGGAGAUGCACUUCUUUUCUGCAAAUUGAUGUAUUUCCAUAAAGGCACCAAGCCCCACCUCCCAUUGUCCUUCUGUUUUGUGUUUAUUCUGCUAAUUUCGACAUUAUAAAUAAGAGAGGGAAAUUAAAUCCAGAGGUAAGUUAUGCCCAUCUGCCCAUAUUUAAUUUAGGAGAAAAGUGGAGAUUGUCUGUUUAAAUUCAGAAGAAUGGAUGUCUAUUGAGCUUUGUGGAGGCUACACAUGAGGGAGGUCUUCAGCUUCUUACAAAAUCAUGCAGGUUCAAAACGUGUAUUCAUCAGUUGUUUGCUGAACGAUAUCAACAGAGAGAACGAGACAGUGAGAGUUAGUGAUGAGAAAAAGCUGUGCUCCAAGAGCAGCUGUGUUGGCCUUCGGUCAAUCAAAUCCAGAUGCUAUGCAUACUCCCUAAAAUCGUUGAAUUAUUACUCUAAAAGAUAGGCUGGAUUUUUGAUGUGAUUAUGGGAAGCCAAUUUACAGGUGUCAGAGUUUCAGACAUUUUGGAGUACCCUAAACCACUCAGACAGAACCAGAAGCCUUAGACCACUUUCUUGUUUCAAAAAAAUACAGUAUGCCACUCUAAAUUUAGAAUAAAGGUAUUAGGAUUGUAAAUUAAUUUGUCACCUAUGGUUUGUGUGCAUUUAAAAUUAGAGGUAUUUUUUCUCCAAACUAUAUACUAUUUUCAUGUUCUUUACAUAUAAUGAAUGUCUCAUUAAUUCAACCCUAUAUGUUACAUAUGUAACAUCUAUACAUAAACUAAAUGUGGCAGGCUUUAGUGCUGUGUUGAAUAGUUAGGUUUAGCAGAUGGUAGCAAGUUUUGGGAAAUAAGAGAUGCACUUUUGCUACUGGUGCCACCCUACUGAGUGUGCUUUAAGAUGUUGAUAUGAGUUGGAGAGAAAAGGGAAAGAGAUGAUUUCUUAUUGUUGUUCCUUAAUGAGUUUAUUGAUUAUGAUGAUUUAGCCUGAUUAUGAGCCCUGUGCUGGUAUGCCAUGGCACUGAAGUAUUCUUGCUAGGCAGCAGCCCAGCACAGCGAUAUAUUCUGUCUGUAAAUACGUAGACAAAGAAGAUGGUCAAGACCUAUGCAGGUUUGGUUUCAUAUUAACUUAUUAUACUAGGAGAAUACCUAUCUAUCUGGAGUAACACCAAUAUCUGUGACUCUUAAGGUGCAUAAUUCUGUUUGUAUUCAAUACAGACAGGGUGCCAGGAGCAGAAAGGCUUCUGGAUUGACGCUGAUAUUCUCUUUGUAAUGCUGAGCCAGCAGGACAGACUCCUAACAAGUAUUACUACCAGCACAAACAAGAGGAGAUGUAAAACUAUCCUAUCUCGAUCCAAGGCCAAAAUUGCUUCAAGAGCAGGAAGGUGGAAAUGUUCCACCUGUGUCUCUACCAGUGGCAAACAUUUCCUCAGGCACAUGCAACGAUUUGGCUGCUGUUAGACAUUUGUUUAAAGUGGUUAAUUUAGAGGAAAAAAAGUCUUCAGGUUUGGAACAACUGUUUUGUCUUAAUCUACUGGGUUAGGGUGGGAGGAAAGAGCAUGUUGGUGAAUUUUGUUGAUCUUUAUUGAUGAUACGCUUAGGAGAACAGCACCAUGGCCAUGUAAAUACAUCAGAAGUUGUGUGUAUACCGUUCCUGUGUACCAUUGUGUUUUAGCUGAAAAGGCAUCAAAGACAUUGACUAGCUCUUGGUUGGAGAAAUAUAGGGCCCCAUUAGUCUUCUGAAAAUACAAGGCCUCUUAAAGGAAGAUAUCAGCCAAAAUAAGGAUGCAAGUUCUCCAGCACUUCAGUAUUUAUUUUGUCUGGAGUUUACUUUAUUACUUCAUCUUUUGGUCCUCAAGGUUUUAUUUUUUUCCUUGUCCCUUUUCCACCCUAUUUCCCAGAUACUGAAAAUUCUUUUACAUUGUAAAAUGGAAAAUCCCUACAAUUAAUCAACCACUGUAAGCAGAAUUACUGCAUGAAGGCUUUUAUACAUCUUUUAAAUACUCUUACUAUGCCUUGUA